AUGCUUGUACUACUUCUUUCCUCUUUCCAAUUGCUAACAACAGUUUCUUCUUCAAUUGAACAUGCUUGUACUACUUAUUUUCCUCUUUCAAUUGCUAACAACAGUUUUCCUUCUUCAAUUGAGGCAUGCUUGUACUACUUCUUUCCUCUUUCCAAUUGUAACAACAACAGCUUCCUUCUUUUUUUUCAAUUGAGACCUUCUUCAAUUGGAACUUCUACUACUUCUUUCCUCUUCCUUCUUCAAUUGAACAGUUUCCUUCUUCAAUUGAGACAUGCUUCUACUACUUCUUUCCUCUUUCCAAUUGCUAACAACACUUUAAACAGUUUCCUUCUUCAAUUGAGACAUGCUUCUACUACUUCUUUUCCAAUUGCUCUUUUUUUCUUGCUUACAAUUUUCCUUCUUCAAUUGAGACAUGCUUGUACUACUUUCUUUCCUCUUCCAAUUGCUAACAACAGCUUCCUUCUUCAAUUGCUUUUCCUUCUUCAAUUGAGACAUUUCUUCUACUGA